AAGCGACAUUUCUUUUCCUUCUUCUGCGCUAUUUCUUUGGUCUUAGUCGUCCCUUUUACUCCUCAGCCCCCCAGUUUUCCUCUUCGACAAAGAUACAAGACAUUGGAGACUAAGAAAGAACAGAUUGGAUUUAUAGAAAAUGGCUGAUGCUGAGGAUAUCCAACCUCUUGUUUGUGACAAUGGAACUGGAAUGGUCAAGGCUGGAUUUGCUGGUGAUGAUGCACCGAGAGCAGUGUUCCCCAGUAUCGUUGGCAGACCUCGCCACACAGGUGUUAUGGUUGGGAUGGGCCAAAAGGAUGCUUAUGUUGGUGAUGAGGCUCAGUCCAAAAGAGGUAUCCUUACCUUGAAGUAUCCAAUUGAGCAUGGAAUUGUCAGCAAUUGGGAUGACAUGGAGAAGAUUUGGCAUCAUACCUUCUACAAUGAGCUCCGUGUGGCUCCUGAGGAGCACCCGAUACUUCUGACUGAAGCUCCUCUUAACCCCAAAGCAAAUAGAGAAAAAAUGACCCAGAUCAUGUUUGAAACUUUUAAUGUGCCUGCAAUGUAUGUCGCGAUUCAGGCAGUCCUCUCCCUCUAUGCUAGUGGCCGUACCACCGGUAUCGUGCUUGACUCUGGUGAUGGUGUCAGCCAUACUGUUCCAAUUUAUGAAGGAUAUGCACUGCCUCAUGCUAUUCUUCGUUUGGAUCUCGCUGGACGUGACCUCACCGAUGCCCUCAUGAAGAUCCUUACUGAGAGAGGCUAUUCUUUCACAACAACUGCAGAACGGGAAAUUGUAAGGGACAUAAAGGAGAAACUUGCAUACAUCGCUCUUGAUUAUGAACAGGAGUUGGAGACUGCCAAGACGAGCUCAGCUGUGGAGAAAACCUAUGAACUCCCAGAUGGGCAGGUCAUUACCAUCGGGGCUGAGAGAUUUAGGUGCCCAGAGGUCCUCUUCCAGCCGUCACUGAUCGGCAUGGAAGCUGCUGGAAUCCAUGAGACCACAUAUAACUCCAUUAUGAAAUGUGAUGUUGAUAUCAGGAAAGAUUUGUAUGGAAACGUCGUGCUCAGUGGUGGCUCAACCAUGUUCCCUGGUAUUGCUGAUCGUAUGAGCAAGGAAAUUACUGCUCUUGCCCCAAGCAGCAUGAAGAUUAAGGUGGUUGCCCCACCUGAACGAAAGUACAGUGUCUGGAUCGGAGGAUCCAUCCUUGCCUCACUUAGUACUUUCCAACAGAUGUGGAUUUCAAAGGGUGAGUACGAGGAGUCUGGUCCAGCAAUUGUCCACAGGAAAUGCUUCUGAGCUUCCAUAUAUGUGGUGCUUUAGUUUCCUGUUCUGCAGGCAGAUUUUUAGGUCCCAGUUGUGUCUUGAUUGGAAUGAUAGGUUUGCCAAAUAUUGUCAGAUUUGCAAGUGAGAUGCAUGUCUGCUUUGAAAAAGUAUGGGCUUAUAGAAGUCCUCUUGUUAGAUGAUGUUUUGGGUCAAAGCACCAUCAGUAUUUGCAGUUGGUGUUGCUAGGAAUCACCAUCUUUUGGUCCUUCAGACCCGGUUUAUUUGGGUUUGUAAUGUGGAUGCUGGUUCAGCAUCUACAGGCUUGGUUUGUGCUCCAUUUCUUCUGUUUAUCUGGUACACAAUUUGAUGCAUUUUAUUGGAAAUCAUUGUAUGAAGACUUGUUAAGUCUAAGCUUGUUGAAAAGACAUUGUGGUUUUGUUGGUUUUAUGGCAUUAUUUUUAUUCA